AUGUCCCUGUUUGCACAUGGCACUGGCGCACAACUCGACGCCCGUAACAGCCCUGUAUUGAGUCCAACAAAUUGGCCACGAAACGGACGGCGUCGGUUUUUUGCUGAGGGAAUCGAUAUCAGCGGAUCAUCUUGGAAGCCUCCCAUGAGGCGGUUUAACGACAGUUCCUUUCUGCAGGUGGAUCCUCUACCGCCUUGGAACAGCAAUUUGGACAAUGUAGCCAAACCGUUCGAUGCCGGCUAUGGUUCAACGCCGGAAUUAAGGGCGCUGAGAUCACGCAUUAUUGAUUCGCCUGGACACGCUAGUGGGUUAGACGUGCCGGCAUACCUGAGAAGUGUCGAUACCAAGAAAUUCUCGUACACCCCGAAGCGCUUUGAUGCUUUUGCGAGGUCGGUUUCCCCUAGGCGUAACGGGAAUAUUAUGAACAAUGAUACAAGCUUCAACUUCAAGUCACCACUGCUUACAAAACGCAGUAGGAUAAGAAGAAGCAGUAGGGCCUCGCUACCCGAACUUCGAAUAGGAGCGUAUGCACCAUACUCACAAGGCGCACGUAGUAUAAAUCCAACGCGCAGAUACGAGAGCUACAAUGACCAGAUGGAAUUUCAUACGACGCCGCCAAAUAAGUCUAGAAUCAACAUACACGCUACAGAUGAUAUUCUCAAUCGCAUUAAAAGAAGUCUUUCAGAGUGCGAAAACAUUACACGGCGAUUAGACCGGCAAUACGGAUCACGACGAUCGCAACAAUCCCUUACUGACUAUAGCGAACGUGUAUUCCCAAGGUCACUCGCGGAUAAUUUGUUCGCCAGUAAGGGCAGUGUGGCGCCAAACUACCGCAACAGUUUACAUGUCAGCAGGUCAAGUGUAGAGCAAACGAAUAACGAUAUUAGGAAGCGGGAUAUAUUGGAGUCAGAAAGGCCAAAAGGUACAUUAUCGCGAAUUUUGGAAAAUAUAAAACGUAUACGAAGCCGUACGCUCUUCACAAACGAUGCCACAGAAAAGCGUAACUUUGUAGAGGUGGAAAAGGAAGUAGUGGAAUCGCCUAAGCUUAGACGGAAGACCAGGACACUGGAUGUUGAUGCCAUACAACAGAGGAUCAAGCAACAAAAGCGCAGUCUACUAUCACAACGCACUCCAACGCGCUUCGAUUGA